AUCAAAAUAGAACCAAUCAAUGGUCAAAUAUGACUGGGACAAUGCACCAUUCAUUACUCAAUCCCUAUAUAUACUAUAUACAAGUAGCUCAAUAUGAAUCAUAUAUAUAUAGUGGGUGCACAAACACAUAAUUAAGCUUACACAUCGAUCCAAAACAUACCAAAUAUAAUAUCGAAAAAUGACAUCAAAAUACCAUGAUCUCCUCCUCAGUUUCUCUCUCUCCUUAUUGUUCUCUUCAUGUUUCUCUGCGGGCCCAAUCGCCCAUUACUGUGGCAAGGGCUUAAACGACACCAACGGUAAUACAACUCUCUCUAAUGAUAUCAGCUACGUGCUCGCAGAUCUCGUCGCAAGGGCGUCGGCGGGAGGCUUCGCGAUCUCCUCCUAUGGAGGCGUCCGCAGCGAGAAAGUAUACGGGCUCGCGCAAUGUAGGGGCGACGUGGACGCGCGCGACUGCUCCGCGUGCCUCGCCGACGCGGCGCGGCGGCUGCCUGCCACGUGUCCGGGCGAGGGCGACGCGCGGGUGUGGUACGACUACUGCUUCGCGCGGUACGAAGUCGGCGUCGACUUCGCGGGCGCCGCCGACUUCGGCCUCGCCACGAUCCUCGUCAACACGCAGAACGCCACGAAUCCCGAGGCGUUCGACGCGGCGGCGGGGACGGUGAUGGGGAGGGCGGCGGCGCGCGCGGGCGGGGCGGGGGCGGGGUUCGGGACGGAGGAGGAGCGGUUCGACGCGAUCGACGUCACGAUAUACGGGCUCGCGCAGUGCACGCGCGAUCUCCAGCCGUUGAUGUGCGCGCAGUGCCUCUCGUCGGCGGUGGGGAUGCUCCGGGAGUAUUGCAGGUUUCGGCAGGGGUGCCAGGUUUUGUACAGUAGUUGCAUCGCACGCUACGAGAUUUAUCCCUUCUAUUUUCCUCUCGAUAUAUAAGCGUGAGGGUUCCUAGUAAAACCAUAGGGAUAGU